CAUACAUUUGUUCAAGAGAGGAUAAUCUCACAUGUUGUCAGUUGAACAUGACCAUGGAUGAGGAGGAUUAUGAACGCUUUGAAAAGAUGGAUGUUGAUUGCUCAGAUCGAAUUGUUAGGGAGGGAAUAAUUGCUGCUUGUGGUUACCAAGGAAACAAUAGGAUUCAGUGUCCAUACGGAUACAUGUGUGUUUCUUUUAGAAAAUAUUCAAUGUGCUGUAAAUACAUACCACCGCCUAUACCACCUAUGAAUGAAAUGAAGUGUUCAAAUGGACAGCCAAAAUAUAACAUAUCAUGUAGGUCUAUGAAGUUUUGGUGUCCAAAUACAUACAUUUGUUCAAAGAAGGAGGAUACAUGCUGUCAGGAUAAAAUGAAGAAGACUGAUAUUGAAUAUAUGGAACAUUCUGGAGAUCUUAAUUGCACUGAUCGAAUCCUGGAUAAAAGAGGAAUUCCUAGGAAAUGUAGAGGAGGUGGAAGCUUUCGAUGUCCAGGUGGAUACAAUUGUACAUAUCCCCUAAAUCGUAGAUACACAUUGUGCUGCAGGUACAUCCCACCAAUAACAUGUACAAAACAUGGCUACAUUCAUCCCCAAAAAGAUGGCAAAUGGCUUGACAUAGACAACUGCACUGUAUGCAAGUGUGUAAGUCAAGAUAAUAUCAAAUGCAAGAAAAAUGUUAAAUGUUCUCCGAGUAAGCACUGUAAAGAAGAUGGUCCCAUAACAUUGGACAUUGAUGGUGAAUGUAAUGCUUGCUCAUGUGUCGGUGGAAUGUUGAAAAAGUGCAAAAGGUGUAAAUUGGUGUGCAGAUGUGGCAAAGGAAAUGGGAAAUGCAAACCAUGUCAACAAGAAGUAUCUGUGUUUUCACCAUGUGGAGAAGGGAGAAGUUGCACAACUGUCCAAGUAAGAAUGAAUUGUACAGUACGACUUUCCUACAAAUGCAGAGGAUUGAUAUGGAACGAUUGCCCAGGGGACUGCGCUGAACCAAUGGAAGGCUGGGGAGAGUGGAGUGAUUUUACAAACACCUGUAGGAAAAAUGGAAGAGGUUCUAAGAAACGUGUUAGAGUUUGCCAAAAAACUUGUGAAGUGGCUCAAGACGUUCGUAUAGUAAAAAAUAAAGAUGGUGUAAAGGCUGAAAUACAUGAAGAAAAGUGUAGCCCCCUCGCAUAAAUUGGCUAAAUGUAUUAAAGGGUCUGAGAAAUGAUUUUAUCUGUUAAUAUUAAAAAAAUAA